CACUGUUCUAUACCAUGUAUGAAACCCCUGGCAUAGCAAUGAUUUCAUUUCUAUCCUCUUUCAGUUCAGAGCAGUCACCCAGCUAUUAUGAAUUCCUUGGAGUGAACAGCUGUCAGGAUGUGAUUCAUUUAUACCGACUGCUGUGGUCCUCCACAGUCCUGAACAUCAUUGGAUUGUUUCUUGGGAUAAUCACGGCAGCCAUACUUGGGGCAUUUAAAGACAUGGUACCUCUGUCACAAAUUGCUUUCAGCUCUGCCCCUCCUCCUCAGAUCCUGUACAAUCCAGCUCAGCAGAUCCUGACAUAUGCUGGCUUUUGUCCGUCUGCAGCAGCCAUCCCUGCAUACUCAUCUUAUCCUUUACCUCUCCAGCCUGCCAGCAAUUUUCCAGGAUCUUCAUCUACAGAUAUUUCUUUAUCUGAUGAUACUCAACCUCCAUCUCACUCCAGCUCUAAUUAUGGGCUACCUCCAAAUGCUCCACCACUAUAUACACCAACUUAUUUCCUGCCAGGGGAAAAACCACCACCAUAUGCCCCCUAGAGCAGAGAAUUGUAUUUCAAACAGUCCCCGCCCCCCCUUCUUUAAAGAGACAGACACCUUUGGAAACUGUGCUGCACAGGCAACAGACUAUCAAAGAAAUCAUAUGGUGUGCUAUGAUUGUUCAAUUUUUACUUACAAGUCACUAUGACUAAACAGAAUGCUGGAAGCCUAUUGCAGGUGUAUCACCCAGAGGAAGUUCUUAGUCACCACUCGGUUUUUAUGUAGUCAGCUGCAACACUGCUUUCUGGCUAGCAUAAGCAUGACUUUUCUUCUCAGCAUAAUACCUAGUGACUUUUUCCCAGUAGAAAAAGCAAGAAAAAAGAGAAACAAAUCACCCACUUUGGAUGCUUCGUUCCAUUUUUGUAAACUGAUAAUAGAGUGGUUUUGUAAUUUUGAUUUAGAAAUCUUAUAGUAUGUACUAUAUGAGUGGGUAGUCCAGGGCUUUGAAUCAUUCUGGAUAGAAAGAAACUAGAAUUUCUUUACCUUAAUAGCAUUCUUUAGUAGCCCCUUUCUGUUGAAAGCCUUCUAAUAAAAAUAACAUGCCGAUUAUUUUAUAACUGAACAGGCCAUGUUUAUAUCCAAGACUGCAUGAAUUUCACAAGGAAGGGGAAGCACAGUACAGAGGCAAAGUAUCCCAAUUAGCUUUACCCUACUCUGAAAGAUGAAGUUCAGAUAUUACACUUUAAUAGGGCUGUUUUAACUCUCUUGUCUGAAAUGUGUGAAUAUAGUACUAGUCCAGUUAAGUUAUGUCAUUGUGUUGCAGGUGCAAUUUCCAGAUAAGUAUUUAACCUAUAUAUUUAUUAAAGUGUUAAAAGUUCUGUAUUUUUCCAUAUACUGUAGAAAGUAGAUGAGAUUGUAACAAAAUGAGUUCUUUUCUACUACAGGAAAAAAAUAAAACAAACGAGACAAACCAGAAGACCUUGAAGUGGUGUAUGCUGACCUCAAGUCUUCUUAUUUAAAGAAAAAAAAAGAGUUCUGUAAUUUUGUAACAAUUGGAAUGGUUUGAUGAAUGCUCAGAGUAACCGAAUGGUUUUCCUCCAUCUCCACUUUCCCACUACAGAGAAUGUAAAAAUACAUAUCAUAUUAUAUGAACAUACACAAUGUAUUUCCUAUGCAAUAUCCAAAGGAAAUACAUGGUCUUUCACUCCCUCUGCUGGAUGUGCAUCAUUAAGUAGCAAGUUCUAUUCUCAACUCUAAACACCUAUAAAUGAGCACCUGAGCAUGCUUUAAAAAAAAUAAAAGUUACUCUGUUGCCAAGUCCUGGUGCAGUGUUUACUGUGGCACCACUGUUGUGGCACUGUCAUUAGCUGUGUGGUAGGGCUAUGAGAAGCUUCAGGUGCUGAUUCGAUUUGAAGAUUUGGCCUGACUCAGCAACCGAAUCUUCAAAUCUGAAUCAAAUUGGGAGACCA